UAAUGGCAGGAAAAUCAGGAAAGGGAAUUGGCAAAGUCAGUGCUAAGAGACAUGCCAGAAAACCAAAUAAAGCUUCAAUUGAAGGAAUCACAAAACCAGCAAUCAGAAGAUUAGCAAGAAGAGGAGGAGUCAAAAGAAUUUCAUCCUUCCUUUAUGAUGACUCAAGAAAUGUUUUAAAGAGUUUCUUGGAGAAUGUUGUUAGAGAUGCCAUCACAUAUACAGAACAUGCAAGAAGAAAGACGGUCACAGUCAUGGAUGUUGUUUAUUCAUUAAAGAGAUAAGGAAGAACACUUUAUGGCUUUGGUGCAUGAGUU